AUACUCCACGUGUUGUAUAACACAGGUUUAUGGUUAUAAUUUCAAUAGUUUUAACAAUAAUAUAUUUGACUUUAUUAAUUAUGAAAUUGUAUAAAACCUAAAAUAUAUCGAAUAAUUAGAUACCCAACAUGAAUAUCUAACGUUUCAAAGUAAAAUAUACAAAUUUUAUAGUUAGGUUCAUCUUCCGUAUAAGUUAUUGUAAGGAAGUAUAAAUAAGCUAUUCAGAGCUUCUGGUAAUAGUAGAAUUUAUAUAAAAGGGAAAAAAACAAAAAUUACGCUCUAGGAAGGCCAAAGCUUUUUUGAGAUUUCAGAUAGUGGAGUACUACACUGGAGCUUCGUAAAUGAACAUAUAUUUUAUAAAUCUGAGGGUUCUUUUUUUAGGUUAUAUUUUAAAUUUCAAGCGGCUUAAAAUUUAAAAUAAAAGUGGCUGUAUUUGACAUUAUUCUUAGCUUUUAGGUGUAAACAAUGAUUUCAACUUCUAGAGGUUUAUAUAGAGUUGUAGUUCAACAAAAAAUUCUCACUAAUGUUAGUAACGUUGCUCGAACUAUAUCUACAAGACAGAAAUCCUACACACCAGUUAAUACAGUCGUUAUGUUUGUCCCCCAACAAGAAGCAUGGAUAGUGGAACGAAUGGGAAAAUUUCACAGAAUACUUGAACCAGGUUUAAACGUAUUGAUUCCUAUUAUAGACAAAGUAAAAUAUGUACAAAGCUUGAAGGAAAUAGCUGUAGAUAUUCCCAAACAAAGUGCUAUAACAUCAGAUAAUGUUACCCUAAAUAUUGAUGGUGUAUUAUAUCUAAGAAUCAUUGAUCCUUAUUUAGCUAGUUAUGGUGUAGAAGAUCCAGAGUUUGCUAUAACACAAUUAGCUCAAACUACUAUGAGAUCUGAGUUGGGGAAGAUUUCAUUAGAUAAAGUAUUUCGUGAAAGGGAAAAUUUAAACGUCUCAAUUGUCGAUUCAAUAAAUAAAGCUAGUGAAGCAUGGGGUAUGACCUGUCUCAGAUAUGAAAUUAGAGAUAUUAAACUACCUCCCAGAGUUCAAGAAGCAAUGCAGAUGCAGGUAGAAGCUGAAAGAAAGAAAAGGGCAGCUAUUUUGGAAUCUGAAGGAGUGAGAGAAGCAGACAUUAAUGUUGCUGAAGGAAAAAGAAAAGCUCGUAUUUUAGCAUCAGAAGCCGAAAGACAAGAACAAAUUAAUAAGGCGGCUGGUGAGGCUGCUGCAAUAUUAGCUGUAGCAGAAGCUAGAUCCGGAGGUUUGAAAUUAGUAGCUGAAGCUCUUCAAAAAGAUUUAGGUCCUAACGCUGCUUCUCUUAGUAUUGCAGAGCAAUAUAUCACCGCAUUUAAUAAAUUAGCUAGGACAAAUAAUACUUUAAUUUUGCCUGCAAAUACCGGUGAUGUUUCCAAUUUAGUUUCACAGGCAAUGAGUAUAUAUUCCACAAUUACAAAAUCACAACAAGUUCCUAAAAAAAUCCCUGCAAAUACAAAAGAAAUACCUGUCACCAAAGAACAGCGUUUUGAAGAUCUUGCAGAAUUGUACAGUGAUGAAGAAGACCUAAGUCUGGUCAAGCAAAAAAGUGUGUUAGAUUUUGAUCCUUUAAAAAAAAUGAAAUGAUUCUAGUUUAGUCAAAUGAUUUUUAUUUUUUGGUACUACCACAAUGUGAAGCUAUAAAAGUAAAAGGAUUUUCUUGAAAUAAGUCACCGAUAAUUAAAAGUUGGCUACAAAAUAUUUUAAAGAUUUUUUAGAUGCAUUAGUUUAAAAGGAACCAGUUUUUUGUAGUGUUUUGCUUUCUGCAGUCAGCUUUGAUAAUCAGAUUCACAAAAGAUCGUUACUUUCCAUGAUAUAUUUCUGUUUUUAGUAAUUGUUUUAUAAUAAACCAUUGCCAAGAGGUAUUUCUAUUGGUAAUCUUCAUGAAACCUCUCAAGAAAACCCAAUAAUUGUUUUUUUGUCAAUCAUCUAUCAAUAAAUUAAAAGUGAUAUAUUAAAAAACCGUUAAAAAUUCACAUUCAGCAACUUUUCUUUUGUACUUUCAACACAAAGUUAUGGAAAUCUUUAAAAGAAAUGAAUUUGUGUUAUAGAGAAGAUUCACAAUCAUAUCCGGGUUGCAAUCAAGUGUUACUAAAAUAAAUAUGAGCGAAAUGAUUAUUAUGAAUCCAGGAAUUUUUCGAUACAUGAAUAUAAUAAAUUAGUAGUCAUUUUCUUGAUUAGUACGCCCACAUUUUUUGGUUUAUAUAAGUUUAGUUGGGGAAUACAGAUCAGGUUCCACAUUCUCUUUGAAAUUUCUUUUCAUAAUUGUUGGUUAUUUGAACAGAAUUAUAUCCUUACUUAUAUAUAAGUUCCAAAUUUUUUUUUCAAUUAGUCUGUUAGUCUGUAUUGAAAUUUCCAACUUAUAUUUGUUUGUAAACUAUAUCAUUUAUGUGUAAAUGUGAAUAAAUUUAUAAAAACAAAAUAUAAUAUUGAUACAAUAAUGUUUUUAUAAAACUUUUGUUUCAGCAAAGUUUUUUAAUCUAUUCAUUUGUGUUAAUUGAAUCAAAUUUUCUAGUAGGUAAUUAUUGUGGCCACUAUUGUACCACGAUGUAUUUUAAAUAAAUAUUUUUAUUAAAAACUGAUCUGAGAAAAUAAUAAAAAUCGACCAAGAUUUGAAAUAUUGGGAAGUUUUUUUUGAUUUUAAGAUUUUUUUUGAUAAUUUAGAUGAUAAUUACACAUAAAUUAAUAAUUCAUAAACAACUGUCUGUAAAAUGGGAUGUGGUGGUUGUUUGUUCAGAAAACUAAAAAUACUUUGUAUAGUUGAACUUGCUUUGUAUAAAACAAAACAAUACGGUUAUGUAUAAAAAAAACAUCUUAGGUCGCCUACUAUUGGGCAACCAAAAGUGGAAUGCAUUCGAAUUAACUACGAGGGUGAAUGAUCAAGUAUUACUGCAAUUAAACCUUAUAAUUCUAAUUUUUUAUGUCGAUUUCCAAUUGUUUUUAUAAAUUCUACUUAAUAUCAUGUAAUUUUCAAGUUGUUUACAUUCACACUAAAGAAAACCCCUUUGCUGUAUCCUUGACCUGGGAACUUAUUAACCUAUAAAGGUCCUCAAAUGAACUUAACUUGUCUUUGUGGUCCAUAAUCUAAUUCCAAAUCGUGGUUAUGUGGUUUACUGGAAUCUAUUUGAAGAUUAUCAUAAUUUUUUUUCUUAAAAUUGAUAAUUAGACUUUAUAGUAGUUAUUGUUUAAUAGGUAUCAUAUUAUUUCUUCUUCGUAAUUGAAAAUCCUUGGUUGAAGGUAUAAUUUAUUAUUUACACAUAAAUUAAUAAUUCAUAACCAACUGUUAGUUGUCGAACAGAUGUAGAAAGAGUCAUCAAAAGUAUCUACUGCAAUUAAACCUUAUAAUUCUAGUUUCUGUUCAAAUUUUUUAUGCUUUUAUUUAUUCUACCCUAUAGCAUGUCGUUUUGAAGUUAUUUACAUGCACAUUGUAAGAAAUUUCAUUGUUAAAUCCUCGAUUUUAGAAGUUUUUAUCCUAUGAAGAUCCUCAAAUCAACUUUAUUCGUCCUCAAAGUCCAUAACAUAAUUCCAUAUUGUGGUCAGGUGCUUUGCUGGAAUCUAUCUGAAGACUAUAAUCAUUUUCUUCUUCAAGUUAAAUAAGGAUCAUAGUAUUUCUUCUUUGUCAUUGAAAAUCCAUAAUUGGAGGUACAAAUACAACAUUCUUUCAAGUUUAAAGUAUUAUUUAACUUGAUUUCAUUAUAUUAUAGGGUUUUGAAAAAUUUUUACUUGAAUGUUGUUGAAAAAAACCAAUGAAGAGGAAAACCUAAAUAAUAAAACAUGUUAAAAAUAAAUAUUUAAUACAAACAUAAAAAUUAUCGAGUAUUUAGGAUACAGAUAUUUGGUCUCUUCUUUUUCUUUUUUUUUUUUUGGAACAGCUUACAACUACCAGAUCUAAAUAAUUAUCGACAUAUAGAAUCUCACUCUAUAGCAUCGCUAUAGUAUACAUAUAAAAAAUUUUAUAUCAAAUAUAGGAAAUAUAAAUUAUAUCUAAUGAGA